GGAGGACAGAUGGAAGAGGAUAUCUCCAAGGAAAAAGAAAGGGACAAGGACAAAUUCAUAGGCGACCAUGUUGAAUGCUUUGCUGCUGAGUUGGGCCGUGCUGCAGGGAUUUCCCACCACCCUGGGUGCCCAGAGCACUCGGCAAUACCCAGAUGCCAUCGGCUCCAGACUGAGUAGGUCAAGUCAAGCUCUGUACCCUGGACUCCUGCACUCAGCCCCUGAUACUUCUCUGGGACUCUCAGGCCCCGGGAUACAACCAGAACUGGAGCAGAUGGCAUCAGAGCUGGCAGAAGAAUCCCUCCUGCAAGACCCCGAGGCUCUGGCACCUGGGGUGCCGGGCCCCAUGAGCCGCGAAGAUCGCUCGCCCCGCCGCUGCGUGCGCCUCCUCGAGUCCUGCCUGGGGCACCAAGUGCCCUGCUGCGACCCGUGCGCCACCUGUUACUGCCGCUUCUUUAACUCCUUCUGCUACUGCCGCAAGCUCGGCGCCAGCUACCCCUGCAGCCGCAACUAGGGGGCUGGGCUGGGGCCGGCGGAAGCCGGACGGGUCUGAGCGCCAAUAAAGGCUCCCGAGAGCAAAGCUGGAGACCCGCGGCUGUGAGGCUUUUCCUUGUUCUCGGCUCGGGGACAAACCUCGGGCAGGGCCCGGGGCCGGGUGAUCCUAGACGGGACUG